GUAUACCAGAUGUAGUCAAUGAUCCUAAUGAAUUUGAUACGGCUCUAGAAUUGUAUAAGCAAGAGAUGAAUAAUGAUAAUUUUGUUAAUAAUUUUGAUACAUUGAUGGCGCCACUAUUAAAAGAAAUUAAGGAAUGCAAAAAAGUAUUAAAAGCUCAUAAACAACAAGCUACCUGGAA